AUGUCUGGAGUACGCAAUAUCACCGUGCCGUGGGUCCCUUUGGACGAGUUUGACUGGUCGUUCAAACGUACCGGACCGCUGCCAUGGAACCUGACAGUGUGGGCUCUGCUGGCAGUCUUCACUGCGCUCCCCAUAUGGACCACUGUCGAACUGACGGUUUGGGUGUUUUACACAUUUAAGCGCUAUCAGGGCGUGUAUUUCUACUCCGUCUUGUUUACGACAUGGGGCGUGACGCUGCACGCGAUCGGCUUCAUACUGAAGUAUUGCGUACCAAAGGCGAACUGGAUUCUCGCUACGGUUCUGGCGGAAAUCGGUUGGGUGGGCAUGGUCUCUGGCUUCAGCGUCGUUCUCUGGUCCCGGCUGCAUCUUGUCAGUGUGGGGCAUAGGACGCUGAAGAUUGUCCUGGCAAUGAUCAUUAUCGACGCGUGCUUGUUCCACAUCCCAACUAUCGUCUUUCAGUUCCUGGUAUCGAACAAGCCGACGCACACCCAGUUUCUCCCGUACAUGAAGCCCAUGGAACGUGUCCAGGUCAUGGGCUUUUCCACCCAGGAGAUAGUCAUCUCUGCGAUUUAUGUCUACGCUACGAUGAAACUCCUGCAAGAUUCGCUGAAUCCGAAGAUGAAGAAGACCAUGGCCGUGCUUAUCCUCAUUCAGGUCAUUGUGAUCCUGGCCGAUGUUCUCGUCAUCACGCUGGACUAUCUGGAUUACUUCCAACUCAAGGCCGUCAUGCAUUCGUUUGUUUACGCCUUCAAACUGCAGCUCGAAUUCGUCAUCCUCAACGAGUUCCGAGAACGGAUUGCCAAGAACGGGCUGACGGGCUGCGCCGUUUUGUCUCCUUCUCCGCCAAACUUUCGAGACCUCGAAGCGUCGUCCAACACGUGCUCGCCAGCGAAUUCAGCAACAAAACUCGGUAGUGCGCCAGCAGUCAAGACGAGAUGGUUCGCAACUCGCUCCCCCAAGCUCGACUCCCCAGCAACGGACCAACACACCAUCCACACCGAAAACGCAACCAUAUAUGCCUCCACCAUCACAAUCCAGCAAACCCCCCCGACCGAAGCCCGAUCGUUCUCUAACCCAUCCGCUCCCUCACAUCAAAACCAGAGUCCCUAA